CUCACUGCUACCAUGAAGAUCACGCUCCUCACGACGGGCCUUGCGCUUGCGGCUGCCUCGCCGCUCAACCACUUUCGCCACAUCGAGUCGGACCAAGUCGACGCGUGGGGCCAAUGCGGCGGCAAGAACUACCAAGGCGACAAGGCGUGCACGAGCGGCUUUUACUGCAAGCUCAUCAACGAGUGGUUCUCGCAGUGCCAGCCCGGCGGUGACAACGAGGUCGGCGUUUGGGGCCAAUGUGGCGGGAAGAACUACACCGGCUCGACCAAGUGCACAGCCGGCAACACGUGCAAGGCCUGGGACGAGUGGAACUCGCAGUGCAUCCCGAGCAACGACUCGCCGUCGACGCUGCCGUCGAGCUACGUGGCGUCCGACGGCGUCUGCUUCGACAAGUGCCAAGGCGACACGGACGCGUGCGUCGCCGAAGCCGUGGCCCGCGGCCGGUGGUAUGCCGUCUGGAAGGAGAAGACGGCCGAGUGCCUCGUGCUCUCGACCGUCUACACGUACAAGAUGGACCCCGAGUGCAAGAGCGCGGCCAAGUUUGACAACACCAAGUACACGUGCGCCGGCAACGCCAACUACUACGGCUUCGACAUUGGCAACACGCAGACGCGCUUCACCCGGUGCCUCGACCGAUGCCAGUACUACACGUCGGGCGGCAAGAACUGCAACGCCGUCACGUUUGUGCAGAUGCCGGGCAACCCGAACUUUGGCACGUGCUUCUUCAAGAGCGUCCCCGCCAACGCCACGACCGUGCACGACGACAUGGGCGCCACGGCCUGCAAGUUUAUCCAGUAGCACCCAUGUCUUGAGAGAUCGUUUCCGACUUGCAGACACUAGUACUAUGUUCGAACGUCCUCCUUAAGUUUUUGUGUUCCAUCGAUCUUGGUCGUUUGGCUCACAGCCACU